AUGGAUCACACCCUGUUCGGCUGCCUGCGGAGCCCCCACGCCCCGGCCCAGGCCCUGCACCCGGCCUUCGCCCAGUCGCCCCUCACCCUGCACGGACGCUCGGACCACGUCUCCUACCCGGACCUGGCCUCCUCCUCCUCCUCCUCCUCCACCUCCUCGCCCUCGCCCUGCGUCAUCUCCAGCUACCCGGGCGACGACGGCCUGUUCCCCGGCCACCACCACCACCCCCCCCACCACCCCCACCCCCACCACCCCCCUCACCCUCACCCCCACCGCGGCCACCUGCCCUCCCAACAGCAGCAGCAUCACCACCACCCGGCCCAGCACCACCCGUCCUGGCACGUCCCGCAGAUGCCCUCGCCCGGUGGUGGGGGCGGGGGUGGGGGCGGCGGGGGGGGUAGCGGAGCGCGCCACGGCCUCUGCCACCCGCACGCCCACCCGCCCCACGACGGCGGGCCCGCGGCCCCGGACCUGGGCCACCCGGGCCCGCCCGCCAUGUGCGCCAGCACCCCCAGCCUGGGCGGGGGCAGCGCCCCCACGGGGGCCUCCUGCGCCCCCCCGGACUUCGGCCGGCAGACCCUGUCACCUGCCGAGGCCGAGAAGCGCAGCGGCAAGAGGAAAAGCGACAGCUCAGAAAACGGGGCCGGACGUGUCCGACCUGCAGCCGCCGCAGUGACCAAUCCCGGCCGGCGGGGUCGGGUCGCAGGAAAGCGCCACAGCUUUUCUGCCUCUUUUGUUGCCGCGGGAGAUGAAAACGCCACGGCGGGGCCCUAA